UUCCAGAAACUACGCUUCGCUCCUUGCCGCACUUCGGCCCACCUCUCCCACUUCUGUACCUCUCGAACCCUCGCUCGCCCCCUCCCGCGCCAACUGGCGACACCUCCCGAGGAAGAGGCUACCCCGGGAGAAGGGGCGCGGCUCCACGGAGACUUCGGGGGGAGCCCCUGGAGGUUGCUCCCCGCACCCCACCGUUCCGCCUGCCCUGAGCUCCAGGCAUCCUGUGCGGGGCGCGAGCUGCCCGAGUCCCCCCCGGGGCGGGCCAGCGCCGCGGCCACGGAGGACCUCCGGAGCCAUGCCCGCGGCGCAGAAGUUGCUCGCGGUUUCUCGGCUGGGGAGGAGGAGUAGCGCGCAGCUCCCCCCGCGCUUCCUUGCGGCCGGCGGAAUAUAAGCGCGGCAGGCGCCGGGCAAGAGUCAGAUCCUCAGCGCUUUCCUCUCGGAGAGAGACCCAGACAAGCAGAGAGCAAAGAUCACGCACAAGAAAGGACGGCGGCAGCCAGCAGGCGCCGAGAUUUCCUCUCCACGACACCGAACCACUCUCCGAUUUUGUGUGUGUCUUUUUUAUUUCGAUGUGGUUGGCUGGAUUCCUUAAAAACGCGCGUAGCUUGCCGGGGGCACGGGAGAGACUCACCGCUGCCGAGUGACACCUCCGGCUCGCGAUCCGCAAGGGCGACCGCGCCGCGUCCCCCUUGCCCGCACACCCCACACGGCAGUCCGCCACCGACGGUCCCCCCGCGCCCGCUCUCCCGCAGCCACCGGGGAUUAUCACCUCGCCCAUAGGGAUUUCCAGAUCGCUGCUUUGUAAUCUGCCUUGGGAGGAAGGCUCUGCAGUUCUCUUGGGAAUUAAGCUCGCUCUCCGGACGCUUUCUCUCUCCCUCGCUUUUUAUCCCCCUCCCUCUGGAGAAGCUUAAGACAAAACCCGGAAGAGACGACCCUCACCUACCCGUGGAUUGGAAGAAAAAGGAGGAAAAUCGAAAGUUGCUGCUGCGAAUAUUCAUCUCUUAAAACAAGCCUUUUUCCUUUUCCUUCCACCAGCGCUGCUGUCAGUUCCCGAAAGGGCGUAUCUACAGCGACCGCAGCACUCCGGCAGGAGAGGGAGAGAAAGAGGCAGAAACGGACUCUUGAAAGCACAAGAAAAAAGCAAAACAAAUCCGAAUUAUUCCCAGCCCGGGGCAGAAUAUUCUCUUUUUCUCUGUCCAGGCUUGAAUUUCAUUUAUCCUCCUUUCAUUCCCUACCGUUUUAAGAAGAGGAAAAAAAAAAAAAGAAAGAAAGAAAGGGAGCGGGGGGAGGCAGAAGGAAGCAGAAAAGCCAGCGCGUCCGGCGCGUCCACCAUGGGCCGCCUGCGUCUGCUGACCCUGGCCAUCAUCUCGGCCCUGCUGUGGCAGGUCUGGGGUUCGGGGGUGUUCGAGCUGAAGCUGCAGGAGUUUGUCAACAAGAAGGGGCUGCUGGGGAACCGCAACUGCUGCCGGGGGGGCGCGGGCGCCAGCGCGGGGUCGGGGCUGCUGCAGUGCGACUGCAAGACCUUCUUCCGCGUGUGCCUCAAGCACUACCAGGCCAGCGUGUCCCCCGAGCCGCCCUGCACCUACGGCAGCGCCGUCACGCCGGUGCUGGGCGUCAAUUCCUUCAGCCUGCCCGACGGCGCGGGCAGCGGCGACCGCGCCUUCAGCAACCCCAUCCGCUUCCCCUUCGGCUUCACCUGGCCGGGCACCUUCUCUCUCAUCAUUGAGGCCCUGCACACAGAUUCUCCUGAUGACCUCACAACAGAGAACCCCGAGCGGCUCCUCAGCCGCCUGGCCACGCAGAGGCGCCUGACGGUGGGCGAGGAGUGGUCGCAGGACUUGCACAGCAGCGGCCGCACCGACCUUAAGUACUCCUACCGCUUCGUGUGCGACGAGCACUACUACGGGGAGGGCUGCUCCGUCUUCUGCCGCCCCCGAGACGAUGCGUUCGGCCACUUCACCUGUGGGGACAGAGGGGAGAAGGUCUGCAACCCGGGCUGGAAAGGCCAGUACUGCACGGAACCAAUCUGCUUGCCAGGAUGUGACGAGCAGCACGGAGUCUGUGACAAGCCGGGGGAAUGCAAGUGCAGAGUUGGCUGGCAGGGUCGCUACUGUGACGAGUGCAUCCGCUACCCCGGCUGCCUCCACGGCACCUGCCAACAGCCGUGGCAGUGCAAUUGCCAGGAGGGCUGGGGAGGCCUCUUCUGCAACCAGGAUCUUAACUACUGCACACACCACAAGCCCUGUAAGAACGGAGCCACUUGCACCAACACCGGCCAGGGAAGCUACACUUGCUCUUGUCGACCUGGGUAUACGGGCGCCAACUGUGAGACAGAGAUCAAUGAAUGCGAUGCCAACCCUUGUAAGAACGGAGGAAGCUGCACAGACCUGGAAAACAGCUAUUCCUGUACGUGUCCACCUGGCUUCUACGGCAAAAACUGUGAGCUUAGUGCCAUGACCUGUGCCGAUGGCCCUUGCUUCAACGGUGGCCGGUGCUCGGACAACCCUGAUGGAGGAUACACCUGUCACUGCCCUGUGGGUUAUUCUGGCUUUAACUGCGAAAAGAAAAUUGAUUACUGCAGUUCUUCACCCUGUUCUAAUGGGGCUCAGUGUGUUGAUCUCGGCAGUUCCUACCUGUGCCAGUGCCAGGCUGGCUUCUCAGGGAGACACUGCGACGACAACGUGGACGACUGCGCGUCCCUCCCGUGCGUGAACGGGGGCACCUGCCAGGACGGCGUCAACGACUACUCUUGCACCUGCCCCCCGGGGUACACUGGCAAGAACUGCAGCGCCCCAGUCAGCAAAUGCGAGCACGGCCCGUGCCACAACGGCGCCACCUGCCACGAGAGGAACCACCGCUACGUCUGCGAGUGUGCGCGGGGCUACGGGGGCCCCAACUGCCAGUUCCUGCUCCCGGAGCCGGCCCCGGGCCCCGUGGUGGUGGAUUUCACUGAGCGGUACCUGGAGGGCCAGGGCGGGCCGUUCCCCUGGAUCGCCGUCUGCGCAGGGGUCGUCCUGGUCCUCGUGGUGCUGCUGGGCUGCGCCGCCCUGGUGGUCUGCGCCCGGCUGCGGCUGCAGAAGCGGCGGCCCCCCGCGGACGCCGGCCGGGGGGAAACGGAGACCAUGAACAACCUGGCCAACUGCCAGCGGGAGAAGGGCAUCUCGGUCAGCAUCAUCGCGGCCACGCAGGUCAAGAACACCAACAAGAAGGCGGAUUUCCACGGGGACCACAACGCGGACAAGAACGGCUUCAAGGCGCGCUACCCGGCCGUGGACUAUAACUUGGUGCAGGACCUCAAGAACGAAGAGCCCGUCAGGGACGAGCACGGCAAGGGCGAAGCCAAGUAUGAGCCCCACGGCUCGGCGGUGGAGGAGAAGGGCUCCUUGGCGCUCAGGGGUGGAGAAGCAUCUGAACGAAAAAGGCCGGACUCUGUCUAUUCCACUUCAAAAGACACAAAGUAUCAGUCAGUGUAUGUCAUAUCAGAGGAGAAAGACGAAUGCAUCAUAGCAACUGAGGUGUAAAAUGGAAGCGAUAUGGCAAAAUUCCCGUUUCUCUUAAAAUAAGUAAAAUUCCAAGGAUAUAUGCCCCAACGAAUGCUGCUGAAAGAGGAGAGGGAGGCCCCGUCAUGGACUGCUGCUGAGAAACUAAAUUCAGACUGAGCUGGUUCUCUUCCUGAAGUUAGCAAAAGUGACUGCAAAAACGAGCUCGGCACCAGGCUUGGGUUGGUAUUCAAGGAUACCUGUUGCACUGCCUUUUUAUGACUUUUCCAUUGCACUAUGGACAGUUGCUUUUUAAAAAAUAUAUAUUUAAAUGAAUGGACUUAAUUACUACAUAAGAAGCAUGCACUGCCUGAAGUGUAUAUUUUGGAUUCUUAUGAGCCAGUCUUUUCUUGAAUUAGAAACACAAACACUGCCUUUAUUGUCCUUUUUGAUACUAAAAUGUGUUUUUUUCUAGGUGGAAAAGAAAAUGUGUGUUAUUUUUUGGAUUUGUAAAAAUAUUUUCAUGAUAUCUGUAAAGCUCGAGUAUUUUGUGAUGUUCAUUUUUUAUAAUUUAAAUUUUUGGUAAAUAUGUACAAAGGCACUUCGGGUCUAUGUGACUAUAUUUUUUUGUAUAUAAAUGUAUUUAUGGAAUAUUGUGCAAAUGUUAUUUGAGUUUUUUACUGUUUUGUUAAUGAAGAAAUUCCUUUUUAAAAUAUUUUUCCAAAAUAAAUAUUAUGAAU